AUGGGGUCUUCUAAGUCAUUAGUUGAAGAAUUUAAGUCAUGUAUGAUGAGGAAAUUUGAAAUGACUGAUUUGGGAUUAUUGCAUUACUUUCUUGGCCUUGAGGUGAAACAAAGCCCAGAUGGAAUUUUUAUUUCACAAAGAAAGUAUGCCACUGAUUUGCUUAAACGCUUUAAUUUGUUGAACUGCAAAUCAAUGCAUACACCCAUAAAUGUCAAUGAGAAGCUUGUGGCUCAUGAUGGUACAAGUAUGGCAAAUGCAAGGUUUUUUCGAAGCAUGGUAGGAGGUCUAAACUACCUUUUGCAUAUCAGACCUGACAUUACACAUUCUGUAAGUGUAAUUUCUAGGUUUAUGCACAAUCCCACACAACAACACAUGGGGGCAGCGAAGCGUAUCCUACGCUAUGUGGCUGGUAGUGUUGAUUUUGGAAUAUGGUAUGGGAAGUCAUCAAGUUUCAGAUUAUUUGGCUAUUCUGAUAGUGACUGGGCAGGUUGUUCAGAAGAAAGAAAGAGUACUUCAGGAUAUAUCUUCUCCCUUGGUCCGGGUGCUGUCUCAUGGAGUACCAAGAAGCAGAAUGUGGUAGCUUUGUCAUCGUCAGAGGCUGAAUAUAUUGCUGUAACUGCAGCAGCUUGUCAAUGCGUUUGGUUACGAAGAUUGUUAGUUGAUUUCCUUCAAGUUCAAGAUGGUGUGACUGAUAUUUUUGUGAUAACAAAGCAACAAUUGGCAUGA